AUGGCUGAACAGGACAAGGAGAAAACAGCCUUUACGUUUGGUAGAGGCCUCUGGCAGUUCCGUGUUAUGAGUUUUGGCCUCUGCAAUGCGCUUGCCACAUUUGAGCAUUUCAUGGAACGAGUGCUGGAAGGACUGCGUAGGGAGACUGCACUCGUCUACCUCAAUGAUGGUGUGGUCUUCGGCCAUACCUUUGAGCAAGAGAUAGGAAGGCUGGAGGAAGUCUUUCGCCGGUUUGGGGCAGCAAACCUCAAGCUCAGUCCUAAGAAGUGCCUUCUGUUCCAGAGGGAGGUACCAUUCCUCGGACACAUCGUAGGUCAAGAUGGAGUGGAGCUGAACCUCAGAAGCCAGACUCCAGGUUGCCAUACAUCCUGGAUUGUAAUACAAGAGCUGAGGGAAUUGGAGCAAUGCUCUGCCAUGAGAAGGAUGGGAGAGCAUGUGGUGGCAUAUUACAGCCAGUUCAAUCCACCAGAGAGAAACUACUGCGUCACCAGGAAGUUGUUAGCUGUGGUGAAGAGUCUAGACAACUUCCACCCGUACCUGUAUGGCGCUCAGUUCACGGUGAGAACUGACCAUGCAGCGUUGAGCUGGCUCAAGAUAUUGAAAAAUCCUGAAGGGCAGCUAGCAAGAUGGAGUGGAAAGCUGAAGCAACACAACUACAGAAUGGAGCACCGACCUGGCAGGGUGCACAGCAAUGCAGACAGUCUUAGCCAUCGACCCUGUAAGCCUGACUGUCAGCACUGUAGCCCUAAGGAAGAACGUGUAGAGAAGUGUCACCUGACUGUGGUGCAGGACACCAACAAGCCAGCCUGGGAGGAGGUUACAGCGUUAAGUCCAGCUACCAAGCACUACUGGGCUCAGUGGGAGAGUCCGCGGCAUGGUGGAGAAGUGCUUCUGAAGAAGUGGAUGACAGCCGAUGGCUGUAUACUCUUCUGGCUGACGGUGGUUUCUAAGAAGUUAAGGGCAAGAGUGUUCACCAAGAAAGGCCCCAGAUGCAAGACAUGGGCCUCCCACCAUGCAGCUGUACCAGGUUGGGGCGCCCAUGGAGCAUAUUGCAGUGGACAUAGCUGGACCACUGCCACUACAGCAGGGAACCGUUACAUCUGUGUGGCCAUGGGUUACUUUACAAAGUGGCCUGAAGCCUACGUGCUGCCUAAUUAUGAAGCCACAAAUGUUGCUGGAGUCCUGGUGGAGAAGUUUUUCACACAGUUUGGUGUGCCGGGUGAUCUUUACUCUGAUCAAGGACGUGAGUUUGAGUCAGCUGUGUUCCAGGAGUGCUGUCAACUGCUGGGGUUAAGGAAGAUGAGGACAACAAACUUGCAGCCCCAAUCAGAAUACAUGGUAGAGAAGUUCAACUGGAUGCCGACACAGGAGCUGGCCAAGUACUGUGGUGAAGGACAGACCGAGUGGGACCAGAAGUUGCUCAUGGCCUACCGUUCUGCUGAGCAUGAAGCCACAGGGUACAAGCCAGCCAAUCUGAUGCUGUUCCAAGAGAUUCGCCUGCUGGUAGAUCUGAUCACAGGUCGCCUGCCAGAUGAGGAGCUACCUACAGUGAGCACAGACUAUGCUGCUCUGCAGGAGCGUCUGGCCGAGAUUGUGCACAUCGACCUUCUGUGGAGAUACUACGGACCAGAACAGUAUAUGUGGGGCUCUGGUGAUGGUGACGACGAAGACGAAGAGGAGUCUAGUCAUGAAGAACUGCAGGAAGAUGAAGAGGAUGCUGCAGCUGGUACUGGAGGCGAUGAUGAGAAAGACGAGAUGAGGAGACAGACGCAGCUGGGGCAGAGGAGCAAUCUGUACUGUCGCUCCCCAUCCUAA